ACAAACCUACAGAGUUUGAAAGAGAAAAGAGAGAUCUCAAUCAGCAUCUCUCUAUUCUUCUUUUCAACAAUUUCAUUCCAGUAAUGGCCGAUGAACCUUCUCUCACUCGAUGGUCUUUUCUGGAUUUUAAACUGUUUUAUGAUGCCAAGUUUGGGAGGAAGAUAUUUCCUGAGCCGGAAAAUGUUCAACCUGCUGAUGCGACUGUUUCCAACGGCACUACUUCCAACGUCACCUCGAAUAGUAACCAUUCUGUCAGGAACACUUCUGAUAUGGCUAUUAACAAGCAGUAUCGAAAUCAGGGUACGAACUCGUGCACUCAAAUGGUGCUGUGUCUAAUGGAUUUGAUUCAAGACCACAAAGAUCUCUGCCCUGCUUUUGAAUCAGCGGAAAUGCGCGCAUUAGGAGAGAGUUUAAGUAGGGACAUUGUUCGAGGGAACCCAGAUGUUAAGUGGGAAAGCAUCAAGGGACUAGAGGAUGCCAAACGCUUACUAAAAGAAGCAGUUGUCAUGCCUAUAAAAUAUCCCAAGUACUUUACUGGUCUUCUUUCACCAUGGAAGGGGAUUCUACUUUUUGGCCCCCCAUGGACUGGAAAGACAAUGCUAGCAAAGGCUGUUGCAACAGAAUGCAAUACCACAUUUUUCAAUAUUUCAGCUUCAUCUGUUGUCAGCAAAUGGCGUGGUGAUUCUGAAAAGUUAAUAAAAGUACUUUUUGACCUGGCAAGGCACCAUGCACCGUCUACCAUUUUCCUUGAUGAAAUUGAUGCCAUUAUAAGUCAGCGUGGGGGUGAAGGACGCAGUGAGCAUGAAGCAAGUAGGCGUCUGAAAACUGAGCUACUUAUACAGAUGGAUGGUUUGAUGCGGUCAGAUGAGCUCGUGUUUGUUCUUGCAGCAACAAACCUCCCUUGGGAAUUGGAUGCUGCCAUGCUCCGUCGUCUUGAGAAGAGAAUUCUUGUUCCUCUACCAGAGCCAGAAGCAAGAAGAGCCAUGUUUGAAGAACUUCUGCCUCAACAGCAUGGUGAGGAGGCUCUUCCUUACGAUAUAUUAGUGGAAAGGUCAGAAUGGUACUCGGGUUCAGAUAUUCGAUUACUCUGCAAAGAAGCAGCCAUGCAACCUUUGAGACGCCUAAUGACAGUCCUUGAAGAUAAGCAGGAAGUAGUGCCUGAGAAUGAGUUGCCGAAAGUCGGGCCAGUUACGCCAGACGACAUAGAAACUGCUUUGAGGAACAUCAGGCCAUCGGCACAUUUGCAUGCUCAUCGCUACGAGAAGUACAAUGCAGACUAUGGCAGCCAAAUAAUCCGAUGAUUGGCAUACUGCUGCUUCAAGAUCCUUCUAAAUUGUCGGUCAUGACUUCCCCAGAUUUUAAACUCAUCAGAGUACUAAAGCUUUUACUUUG